AUGCAGUUGGCUCGGUGGCUCAUUGUUGUCGCCGUAUUCGGGGCAACGCUGUGCCGCAUCGAGUGCAAGACCACCAGCUUGAACGUCGAUCCAGCCAUGCUCCAGCGCUGGAAUCGCGCUCUGCAGGCCAUCAACGAUGCUGAGCGGCAGCGUCAGGAGGACAAGGUCCACCCCAGUGCUGUGCCAGAGGUCGGGGUCCGGCAGCAGCGGCCCAACGACAGGCGCAUGAGAUGGCGCAGCAACAGCAAGCAGCUGCGACUACAUCGCAGGGAGGACUUCGAAGGUCGUGCCUACCCCACCACGUUCAGCUCCCAAGGUGAUAAUAUUCGGAAUCCGUCUUACCUCGAUGUCGCUGAUUUUGCGAAUACUGAAGCACCUUGGUGGUUCAACUGA